CCUUUGAAGCUAGGAUGGAGGAUGCCUUCUGUUUUAAAGGGAGGAAAGCAACAGUAAUGAUCCUUGGAGUCAGGCUUCAUUCUGGCAUAGCAGUGCCCUAAGAAUGUAGAUAAAUAACUCCUAAACAAGAAACAAGAAAUGUCUCAAGUACAGAAUGAUGAUCCUGAAGAGGAACCUCCUGCUCAGGAGAAAAAAGGAGAGAGCGGCAAAUCCCGCAUACGAAACCCAUUCAGUUUCCUUUCCUGGGGAACAAAGAAGGUGAAGGAGGAUCCUGCAGAGCCAGGAACGCUGACUUCCAGACCCAACGCCUUGCACUUGGCUAAUCCUGAGAUGGAAUCCGUUGAGGUCACGCUGCAUGGGGCCAGCAAUCUUCCCUCGACCAAGAAGGGCAACGUACCCAAUCCCUAUGUCAUCGUAAAAACCACCUCGGAUGAAGACAGCAAGCAGCCAGCCCAGGGCGUGACACACGUGGCUGCCCAGCCAACUCACAGACCGAUCUGGGAGGAGACAGUGACUGUGGAAAUGAACAAGGAAAAGGCAGGAGAAGAAGGCAUUUCCCUGAUUGUGGCCGACAAAGACACCAAAGAGAUCUUGGCCAAAUACAGCAUCCCUGUGAAGUACCUGCAACCCUUUCACUACUACCACUGUGCCCUAGUGCUGCCUAGGAAGAAGGACACAGCGGGGACCAAGCUGCAUAUCACCAUAAUCCGUAAAGGCAGUCUCAUCCCCCGCUACCCUGGAAUGAAUUACACAGGCUUGGAGGUAUUCCUCAAGGGGAUCAAUGAGCCUCUGGAACAACCUGACGGCACUGUCUUAGCUAUUGGCCGGAUAGUGAGCAACGUCAAAGCUUACAUGAAAGAGAUGAAGGCCCGGCCGCUUUAUGGUCACCCGGUCCCAGAGAAGGACAUCACCUUCCCAGAUCCUCCAAUGGAGGCUUUUGAGGUCCCGCAAGUCACCAACCAAGGACACCCGCAGGUUUCUCCAGCUGCUGGACCUCCUGAGCAGCCAACGUGGAACAUGUCCUACCUGUUCCAAGGACGGGACGGAGCAACAGCUUUCUCGGAUGAUACUGCCCUGGUGAUUGAAUACUUCAAAAAAAAUACAGAUGGAGACCUAGAAAUUCCACCAAAGUCUUUGGGUUUCUCUGUACUGCCACUAAGUAAUCGUGUCUAUCGGAAGCUUGUGGCAGACAGCAGCAGGAAUGGAGUUUGUGUAGAAAACCUUCCCAUCCAGGAUACAAACCUGCGCACCAGAAGUGGAGAAGUCCCAACUGUCCAGCUUGGUGUUCAGUUGAUAAAUUCAGAGAGGCCAGACCUGUUUUUGACAUCAUCCACCACAGAUGGCCUUCCUGUCCUGGAUCCAGAACUGGUGGGGCAGCUGGGGACUAUCAUGGAGCCCUGGACAAGUAUGGUGCCCCGAAAAGAGAGUUCCUUCAUUGCUCCUGAACACAAGAGCUCCUUGUUUGACCUAAAACAGAUAAACCCAGAUAAGUUGCCACCCCACGAUGCUGUGAUGGAGAUUCUCCCAGACAAGCCUCCCAGGCCCAUCGUCGAGGAGGUCCCAGAUCCGGAGAUGGACAAUUACCAUGCAGCCAUGCAGAGGAUGGCGGAUGAUAUCCUGUCCCUGCGCCAGCACGUCACCAACCUGGAGUCUGAGAACAGCGCCCUGCGACGCAGCCUCGCCAUUCAUGAAGAUGUGGGCCGCGUCCUGUUUCACGACAUAGACCCUGACGUCAUGACAAAGGCCGAAAUCAUUGACAGGAUAUUAACCCUCAAGCAGAAACUAUGUGCUGGGGCUCGGGAGAUGGCCAGAAUGAAGGACCGGGUUCAAAGGCUGCAGAAUGAACUGAUUCGGAAAAAUGACCGAGAAAAAGACCUCGUGAUGCUGCAACGAGCUCACCAGCAGCAGCAAAUGGUGCUGAGGAAAUACCAGGCCAAGAUCGCCAAGAUGCACGUUCUGGAAGAUGCGGUCAAGAAACAGGAAAAGGUGAUUGAGAGGAUGGAGAUGAUGCUGGUAGGGAAGAUGAAGGAGCGGUCAAAAGAGGACACCCAGUUUUCAGAAGCUCCCCUCGGCUCAGUUCCAGGUGACAGCUGGUCCAAGGAUUUCUACUCCACCUUGAUGAUGGAGAACACGAGGCUGCGAGAUGAACUGGGCAAGUCUUUCUACUAUCGUUCCCCCAUCAUAUUGCAGCAGCAAGCACUACCGGAUACGUUUUCUAACAGCAACGAAAAGCUCUCUUUGAUUUCAAAACUGGAGAGGGCAGAGGCUCGCAUCAAUGCCUUGGAGUGCCAGCUGGAGGAGUCUUCCAGGAAAUGGGGGCGAGAGAAGCAGGACUACAGCACCCGACUUCUGGAGCGCGAUCUUGGAUUGGACCUGUCACCAACCCCUCUACUCUUAGGGGACACGUUGCUGGAUGAGAAGGAAGGGAGAGGAGAUGAAGAGCAGAAGAACGCAAAGAUAUAUGGAGUGAAGGCGAGUGCCCCAAAGUAGCCCAGUGAAGGGUCGGUUCCAUUAUAGGUCAGUGCAAGGGAUGCCCCUUGGUGGGCAGGUGUCUUGAACCAGCGGCUCAAGGGCAGGGAGAGGGAGCCCUGUGUUGCUGAAUUCCAGCUCCCAUCAUCAUCCCUGACCAUUGGACAAGAUUGUCGAGGCUGAUGGGGAUCCAGAGUCCAGCAACACACCCAGUCUCAUGUUGCACCAAGGGUGACAUAGGGUUUCUCCAGGAAUCUGACAACCAGAGAUGAAGUUUUGGUUUUGGAACCUCAGGUGCCAAAAUCCCCUACAAACGUGGGGUUCUGCCUCAUGCAAAACCAAUCCACAGAGUCCCUA